AAAUACGUCAACAGGAUGUACGGAAAAUUAUCUUAUCCACUCGAGAUAGGAGUGGUCUAUGAAUCUUUUAAUCCAUCAGUAAUCUCGUCUACUCGUGAGGAAAGCAAUUAGGAGAUUAAACAUCGAGAUAUAGGAAUCGAACGACUCAUGGAGAUGUCGUCAAAGACUUUGCAUAACGAACAUAUUAAACGGCCGAUGAAUGCCUUUAUGGUGUGGUCGCGUGGUCAACGUCGCAAAAUGGCACAGGAAAAUCCGAAAAUGCACAAUUCGGAAAUCUCGAAGAGGCUCGGUGCCGAGUGGAAGCUCCUGAGCGAGAGCGAAAAGCGUCCUUUCAUUGACGAGGCAAAAAGAUUGAGAGCUCUUCACAUGAAAGAGCAUCCCGACUACAAGUAUCGGCCGCGCCGGAAACCGAAGUCCCUGGUAAAGAAGGAGAACAAGUUCGGCUUCUCGAUAUCGCCACUGAUAUCGCCUGGCGACAGCCUGACCAAUCUUCCACGCGGUCUUCUGCCACCAUUGACGCCUCCGACGCAUCAUCCAUUGAUGUCACACGAGGACCUGAAGAUUCCGCGCUUUUUUCCACCGUUUGCCUAUCCGCUGUAUCCCUUACAGCACAAGCUGAGCGACGACUUCAACGGCGGUAAGCUGGCCGCCGAUUUGGCCUUACAGGCCCUCUACACCGGCAGUCCCUUUUAUCCGAGCCAUCAAACGAUAUCCUGGCCGACGAGUCUAUCGGCAGCCGCAUGUUUACAACCUAACUGCAGCUGCCCGAGUCCGCCGAAGGAGCCUAAAAGGCCGUUUCCUCCGUCCAAGAUGGAUGACCCGCCUUUCCCAAGCCCGGCAAGAGCCGACGACGAUGCCGUCGUUGCGGAACGAGAAGAAUCUCGGUAUCGAAAACUCGAGUUGGACUUCUCCGCCAAUCUGGAGAGUCAUCAUCAUCAUCAUCAUCACCAUCAGGAGGACCGUUCUCAGGAUCGCUUCUCUUCAUCCUCAUCCUCGUCACCUCCUACGGAACAGUUAGAGAGAUCGUCGACGACGACAACGACAACCACGACAACAUCGUCAUCAAGCGGCAAAGUCGAUAGCGCCUUCUCCGUUCAGAGUCUGACGUCGACUUCUAAUGGCUCGAAUUCAAGCUCACAACGUGGACACGUCAUAUGAAGGCCGCUCCCGGUUCUCCCGGAUUUGAACUUCCGGGGGAGCCUGAUGCCGGCCGCGUGGCCGACUGCCGAUUGGUGGCGGGUCGCUCCGAUGCUCUCCCCGAUCCCCCAAACGACGGUCGUGAAUCUGAGCACCGGUGUCGUCAAGGAAGAUGCCGUCCACUUCCAAAACGAGCAACAGAGGAACUCGACAACCGUGUCCAGGCCGCCAAGGAAUGGCGUGCAUAUCGCCAACAUGCAGUGAUCCAAUCAAUAAUUGUUGCGCAUUCUGUGGAUGAAUAUUUUAGUAUCUCGCAAUCGAAAGUGAAUCAGUGCUAUCGCGUAGCUCUUGAAUGAGCUCUGAAAUGAACGUUGAACGCCAAGGGCUUUCUCCUUUUUAACGAGGACUCGUUUUGUAGUUUGAUCUCUUUCGGGGUAACAUAAUCCAAAAUAACGAGUGAAAAACGACGUGCGAGUGAAGCAUCCGUCAGAAAAAUAUCGGAAUCGAAGAGUAGGCCGUGUUGAAGAAAUAGCUUCUCGACCGCAGUCGGAGCUGACGAACAGAAAUAGAAAUCGAUAACUCGGCUAUACGGCCCCGAAAUCCUACAAAGGGCGGGCGCAAAGGGUCCUUUCGACCGGAUCGUGCACGCGAAGCUGGAUGCUAGAGGAGUCCAAUUCUGAUGAGAUAACCAACCCUCUCACAUGCCACAUAUUAUGGGGUGGACGGGCGGGACGCGUUCGGGGGUGGACACGGUGGGGAAGGGAGGAAAAAAAAAGCUCUUCUGGCGGAGGCAAAUCUCUUCUUUGGGACGCGGCCGUGCGAAAUAAGCCUGAAACGUUCUGAAUGCUAACGUAGAGACGCGUACGAACCCCGACGACGCGGUUUCGUUGUAUCUCGCGGCGUCGCGCUGCGCUGCACCGGCUUUCGCGACGAAAGCGGCGAAAGCAUCGAUACGGCGAAAUGGAAGACGCGUGGCUGGCUUUGCGAACACUAGUCGCGACGCGAAUCCUUUUCUAAUAUUAUGGGAAAACCAGAAAAAACAUUCUCGAAAGUUGUCAGAGGUAUAUUACGUUCUGUCUCCCUUGAUUUCGUCAAUGUUGUCUGAUAAUCCGAAUAACGAAUAGGAUUAUGUUUUUAACUUUUCUCUAACUUCUGCGCAGAGCAUCGUUAUAAUGUUGUAAUUCACUUGUUUAUAAUAUUUUGACAUUUUAAUUUAUUAAGAUUAAGAGGCUUAUAUCCUGAUUGUUCAA